AUGGAAUUAAAUGAGACAAAUAAAUUAAAUGAUAAGAAAAAAAAGAAUAGAUUAUGUGGGAAACUAAUUUAUUCUAUUCGUGAUCUAUUUAUGCUAACAUAUGUAAAUUCUUUGUUACCUAUACAUAAUAAUAUUUUACUUGUUCAUAUAAAUUUACCCUUUCAUAUUGGCCUCAAAAACCUAAUUAAAAAUCAAUUAUACUUUCUGCUAAUUUAUGAAAAAGAUAUCAUAGGCCAUGUAAAUCAUUUUGUUUUACUUGAUUUUUUUAUUUAUUUUUAUAAUUUUUUAAAAUUUCCUGAUAUUAAAAAUAGCAAUGAUUGCAAUACAAUCACAAAAAAAGUUUCUGAUCCAUCUGAAUUUACUUUUAAAGACAUACUAAAUAUAUCUGAAAAUUCUAAAGAUUUCAAAAUAUUUGAUAGCAAUUCAAAAUGUAUAGAAGUUUUCGAUCAUUUUUUAAAUUUUAAUGAUGAACAUAUAUAUAUAAAUGACAAAACAAAAAGCAUGAUAUCAUCAGCUAUUAAAAAAAAAGAUAUUAUUUACUACAUUUUAAUGAAUCUAAAAGGAAAAUAUUCUGAAUUAAAUUUAAGCAUUAAUGACUGUAUUAAAAAAAACACUACUACUGCUUAUGAUAACUCAUCACUUAUUAAUGUUUUAAUCAAGAUGCAAAAAAAAAAAUUAUACUUCAUACCUAUAGUUAAGAAGGAUACUAAAAAAUAUAUUGACUACUUCAGUGCUAAUGAUUUUCUCGCACUUUACUGUAAAUCCAUCUCAGAAAAAUGGAAUAUAAAUCCAGAUAAAGAAGUUACGUAUUUUAUAUCACUUUUACGCACAAAAGAAAAGGAAAUGAAAGAAAAACAAAAUAAUAUACCUUAUUCCUAUAGUGAUUUGUUAAACAAGAAUGAUUUAAACAUAAGUAAAAGUGUUUUGAAUUUUUCAGAAAAUAAUGAAAUGAUAAAGUAUAAUAAAGAACUAACGAUAAAAGAAUCUUUAAAAAAACUAUUUUUUUCAAAAAUUAAUGCUCUUAUAGUUUUAAAUGAAAGUAAUAAUGUAAAAGGUUUUUUAACUUUUAGAAGUUUGUUUAACCAUUUAAUGCACUCCUAA